GUAACUAAAAAAAUAAAUAAGCAAUUAAACUAAUUAAACAAUUAAAAAAUCAUAUAAUGCAAAAAUAUAUAUAUUAAAAUCUCUUGCAAUCAGGUUUGCCUUCUGCUUUGAGAAGAUGGAAAGAGGUUCACUAUUGUCAAAGUACAUGGACAGAACCAACCCCAUGGUCAAACACAUGGGGCUGAUGAUCAAGCGUUAUGGGAUGGCGGCGGCACCAGCUGCACCUCAGAUGUUUGGCAAUGCUGGAAGAGAACACAUGAAGAAGUACGGCACAAAACCACAGCAUUUUGCCAAAAUAGCUUGGAAGACGAACAAAGCUUUUACAGGUUUGGAACAACAUGGGGGUCAGUGAUUAAUGACAAAAUUUUCAUUUUGGGGUGGAGUAUCCCUUUAAAUGGUUAGUGCACCUGAAAACGUACAAUUUGAUAAUUUGUUAUCAUUUAAAUUUUGCCCUAGAUCUUUGUUUUGACCAUCAAACUCAAAAGAAGAAGUUUAGCACAAUGUUCACUCUGUAUAUAACAACACUGUUAAAUGGCUAAAUAACAUUUUCAGUCUGCAACAGUAGACCUUAGUCUAUUGACAGGAAUAAAGCUAUGAGGGAUAUAAAUACAGUGUCUUCAAUGAAUUGUACUGUUUGUUGCAAAAAGCCAAUUGUUCAGCUGACAAAACCUCUUACAGAAAUAAUUUC